UUGUGAAGUUGUGACCAUGACUGGAAGAGGAGGAAAGGGCAGCGGGAAAGGUCGCGCCAAGGCGAAGUCUCGGUCGUCCCGGGCUGGCCUGCAGUUCCCGGUGGGCCGUGUUCACAGGCUCCUGAGAAAGGGUAACUAUGCUGAGCGUGUGGGUGCCGGAGCGCCGGUCUAUCUGGCUGCGGUGCUGGAGUAUCUGACGGCUGAAAUCCUGGAGCUGGCCGGCAACGCGGCCCGGGACAACAAGAAGACCCGCAUCAUCCCCAGGCACCUGCAGCUGGCCGUGCGCAACGACGAGGAGCUCAACAAGCUGCUGGGAGGGGUGACCAUCGCUCAGGGCGGGGUGCUGCCUAAUAUCCAGGCCGUGCUGCUGCCCAAGAAAACCGCCGCUGGGGGCUCCGCUAAAAAGUGAAGAUAGUAGUCUUGAAUCUGACAACCCAAAGGCUCUUUUCAGAGCCACUCACAACAUCUGUGAAAGGAGCUACACGGUCAUUUCUGUUCGGUUUAUUUUUACUUUUAAUAUGGAGAAGCUUGAACUUUGAAUCUGAGGUCAGUUAAUUACUAUCGCCUUGUUAUUGAAUACUUGUGGUUUGGAGAUGUUGAUGUUGGACUGGGGUGUAUAAAGGUAAAAAUCACGCAACACCAACUUGUAGCCCAACAAGUUUAUUUGUAUGCACUAGCUUUCGGAGCUUUCAUCACGUGCUUUUAGAAUAUAAGAUCGUAAGACAGAAUUUUUCGCAAAAGUUUGCAGUGUGAUGUAACUGAAACCAUAUAUUAAAAGAUAUCUUGUAUUGUU